AUGCACAUCCCUUCGGUUUUCACAGCAAUAUCCCUCCUGGGCCUCUCAACCGGCGCGGUCCUACCCAGGCAGAAUGAAGCAUAUGCUGGAUACCUGCUCUCUACAUUCACAGAUGCGGAGCCUUCUGUGUUUUGGUAUCUCUCUGACGCGUCCGAUCCCCUGGCCUUUACACCGCUGAAUGCGGGCGAUGCGGUGCUGGCGUCGACAGUCGGUACAAAGGGAGUCAGGGACAUAUUCUUGACAUCGAAUGAGGACAGAUCGGAGUAUACGUUGGUCGCUACAGACCUGGAUAUCAACGCCGACGGCUUCUCCUGGGACGAAGCAACGCGACGAGGAAGCCGGGGACUUACGAUCUGGAAAUCAGAGAACCUGGUAGACUGGUCUGAACCGGUUUUAUCCAUAAUCGAAGACCCCACCGCGGGAAUGGCCUGGGCACCGUCCGUAGUGUACAACGCCACCGAAUCAAAAUACUACCUCUUCUGGGCAUCGCGGCUCUACUCAGACGACGAUCCAGAGCAUACAGGCGACGCAUCCCUCGACCGAAUCCGGUACGCCACAACAACCGACUUCACAACCUUUAGCGCCCCCGCCGACUACGUCGCGCUGGACAGCGAAAACAUCCCCCUCAUCGACCAGGAAUUCCUCUACCUCGGCACGCCAGGCCACUACGCGCGCUUCCUCAAAGACGAGAACCCGCUCUAUGUGUACCAGGAAACCACAGAGGGCGGGCUGUUCGGGCAGUGGACGCGGGACGGGGAGUAUAUAGCCGAGACUGUGUAUGAAGGGCCGGCUGCGUUUCCGGAUGUUAGCCUCGAUGGCACGUAUUACCUGCUGCUGGAUAAUUAUGAGGAGUAUGUGCCGUUUCGGACUGGCGAUGUGGGCUCUGGGGCGUGGGAGCAGGUUACUGCGUCGGCGCUGCCUGGGGGGUUGAAGCAUGGGAAUGUAUUCCUGUUGACGCAGGCGGAGUAUGAUGCUGUUAAGGAGCGGUAUGGGUCUUAA